AUGACGUACAACCCAGAUAAGUACCGUGUACCCUCCACCACAAAUGUCAGUGGCAAUGGUGCUGACCCCAUCUCCGAUGAGGCGCAGGACAGGGCAGCGCAAGUAACCAGCCCUCACGGCAGCGGUAGCGCCAGAGGGUCUGCGGCCAACAGCGCCCGGGGCUCUGCAGUGAACAAAGCCUACAACGGCCACGUGCAAACCAUGGGCACUACCAUGACUCAGCCCCAUACAACAAGACGCAGUUCAACACCCCAGACACUCACAAAGGUACUGACCACGAUCACACCCGCAACUGCCCGCGUGGGAACGACCGGUAGUCCGAAAAUUGGGUCCAGGUCACCGACGGCCCUCGUAUCCCCUACUAUACCGAGCGAUGCGGCGGCGGUUGCCUUGCAACGGGCGUAUAGUGUAAACACCCGGAGGGCCCCUGGGGAUGAAGGCUACCGAAUCGUUGACCCUCGAGAGAAUACACCACAGCUGCCGGUGCAAACACGGUCACCGGGACAAGCACAACAGGCGACGACUCAGAUGAAAGCGUAUAGGAGACCACCGCCAACGCCACCCGUCCCGUAUGCAAAGUCCAGGAGCGAUGAAUGUGUGGUUGAGAGUGGCGAGAGUGUGGGGAAGCACACGGACGUUGGUGCUAAACCAGGCUUGCGAUGAGCACGGGGGUGAGCGACUAUGGCCGACGCAGUUCACUUAGUGGGAACCAAGCACCGUGUAUUACAUCAGUUAGGACCUUUUUGCAAACAGUCGUGAGGUGGUCG